AUGCUUACACUGGAUGUAAGAUUAAACCAUUUGACAUCUCAUUUAAAACCAUCUCGCGUCACAGAUGGCCUAGCUCAAGCUAAUUCUCGCUAUGGUGCCAGUAGCGGAAAAAUCUGGCUUGAUGAUGUAGCCUCUCCAUGUGCUAAUGGGGAUCUUCGUCUUGCUGGUGGUAAUGUUGAACAUGAAGGGAGAGUAGAGAUAUGUCUUGGAAAUGUUUGGGGCACAAUUUGUCAUGAUUACUGGGACAAUACAGAUGCUCAAGUAGUUUGUAGUAAACUUGGAUAUCUAAAAACAGUUAACUCCACUGUGAACUGUAUUUAUGGUGAUGUGAGAUUGAUGGGUGGCUCAACAGACUAUGAAGGUAGAGUAGAAGUCUGUAUCAAUGGAGUGUGGGGGACAGUAUGUGAUGAUAGUUGGGGAAGUAGCGAUGCUACUGUUGUCUGCAAACAACUAGGAUAUGCUUACACUGGAUAUGCAGUUGCAUUCCGUUAUGCCAAGUUUGGUAACGGAAGAGGUAGUAUUUACCUUGAUGAUGUACAAUGUAGUGGAUCUGAGACAAGUUUACUAAGUUGCUCUUAUGAUUCCAACACUGGUGACUGUAGUCAUAGUCACGAUGCUGGAGUAAGAUUUAACUCCACUGUGAACUGUAUUUAUGGUGAUGUGAGAUUGAUGGGUGGCUCAACAGACUAUGAAGGUAGAGUAGAAGUCUGUAUCAAUGGAGUGUGGGGGACAGUAUGUGAUGAUAGUUGGGGAAGUAGCGAUGCUACUGUUGUCUGCAAACAACUAGGAUAUGCUUACACUGGAUUUAACUCCACUGUGAACUGUAUUUAUGGUGAUGUGAGAUUGGUGGGUGGCUCAACAGACUAUGAAGGUAGAGUAGAAGUCUGUAUCAAUGGAGUGUGGGGCACAGUAUGUGAUGAUAGUUGGGGUAGCGAUGCUACUGUUGUCUGCAAACAACUAGGAUAUGCUUACACUGGAUUUAACUCCACUGUGAACUGUAUUUAUGGUGAUGUGAGAUUGAUGGGUGGCUCAACAGACUAUGAAGGUAGAGUAGAAGUCUGUAUCAAUGGAGUGUGGGGCACAGUAUGUGAUGAUAGUUGGGGAAGUAGCGAUGCUACUGUUGUCUGCAAACAACUAGGAUAUGCUUACACUGGAUAUGCAGUUGCAUUCCGUUAUGCCAAGUUUGGUUACGGAAGAGGUAGUAUUUACCUUGAUGAUGUACAAUGUAGUGGAUCUGAGACAAGUUUAUUAGAUUGCGCCUAUGAUUCACACACUGGUGACUGUAGUCAUGGUCAUGAUGCUGGA